AUGGAUUUGCAUUUGAAGAACUUAUUUGGUAGAUUCCAGGAUCAGUUCGGGUCAGGUCCAGGUCUUGGACCUGGAUCAGGUGUUUGCCUGAUGAAUCUUGAAGGUAUAUCUCCCAACAUUAUCCAUUCCAUUUUCAGAGCUUCAGCUUCUUUAUACAGAAGUGAGCCAUGGAAGAGGCUCAGACCAGGUCAUUUGUUUGGUGUUCGUGUUGGAAAAGACUCUGAUUGGUCAGGAAAGAGACAGCCUUUUCAGUGUGUUCAGUUCAUAGGAGGAGAUGGUGGUGAUAUAGCAAUCUAUAUGUAUAGAUCAAUGAGCUAUGCACUGAAGAUGACUGAUGAUGAUGACCCAUGGGAAAUGGCUAGAGUUCCUAACGUUGAGGUUUUAAGGGUUACUUAUGAGCUUGAGUCACUUAUGCUUCCUUGUAACAAGAGAAUGGUUAAGUCGUUGUCUUUAGAAGCAUCUGGAAAUGAUCGGUUUCCGGUUAUCGAUGUUGCCCGGUUCAUGACAUCUGGUGAGCUCCAGUUCAGAAACCCAACACUUGAAGAGCUUAGGCUUGUGUUUGCUGUAAUGAAAGCUCUUUCUUUGGUUCAUCCUUUGCUGCUUCAAGAGGAGAAACAAGUCAAAGGAUUGCCAAGGAUGAUUAAGUUUUCGCCUUUUAUAGAGACUGUUGAUGUUCAGUGGCCACCAGAGAUGUUUAUAGGACAUGACUUUGUUGCUGUCACGGUUUCGCAUCCGCCUGGUCAAUCAUAUGAGCAGAAGUUGAAUAAAACUGCGGUGAAGGCAGACAAUGAUGAUGAACUGGAACUAGUUUCAGGUGUUGGUCAAGGUGCAGAAGCUGGUUUAAGAAAGUGCACAAUGUGUGACAAAUCUGUUCACAGAGAUGAGUCUGUUUGUUGUAGUCAUUGCCGUGCAACCAUCUACUGUGGUUCAGAAUGUGAGAAACGGCACUGGCGAGAGAUGCACCGGAGUGUUUGUAAUCUCUACGAAGCUAUGAUGAGUAGAGAAGAAGAGCUUAAGAUGAAGAUCUUCACUUUCUCCUGUCAUGCUGAAAACUCAUGUGAAUGGCUUGUAUCUUUGGGUGUCCACAAAAAGGGAAUGUGGAGAAGACAAUGUGGUUGUUAUUCUCAGCGUCCUUUUGGGCUCUUACAUGGCUCUUCCUCAGAUGCUGAAUCAUGGGGAGGGCUUCAGGACGGUGAUUAUCCACAGGAUUUACCGGUUAAGAAUCUGAACGGGCGUUCACCGGGUAUGAUCCUCUUGUCAGAUUGGUCAGAUUACUAUGAUGUUAGGUGUUUACCACCAUCAAGCCCUGUUUCUGACAUUCUCUCAUACCCUUUAACGCUUUACCACAUAUUAACAACACUAAGCACCCAUUCCAAGAACUUGUUGCUCAAAGGGAAAGAAGUGACUGUUCAUUACUUAGGUCCAGAACGAGAACUUGACUGGCUUAAAGCGUUUGAAGAGAUCAAUCACUUACUUAACGGUAUAGGAACCGUUCAAAUCAUAAUGGUUGGACCUGAAGUUCCAUUUGACUUAUCUGCAACCACCUCGGCUACAACAAAUAACAGCAGAGUCAAGGUGAGCUUUGUGAAAGGCUUGUACCAAGAGGAGGUAACGUACCUGGCAUCACCAGACAUCGUUGUAGCCUUGAACUGUGAACUGGACAAGUACUCAAGCUGGUCAGGAGCAGUUGAGGUAGUGAACAAUCUGCGCAUCCCUGGUUUCUUCACUGAUAUGACAGAAGAUGCUUGCGGCAAUGCAAAGGCGGUUUUGCGUAAUAUCUCUCACCCGGUUGCUCCUAACCCUUUUCGCUCACCUGUGAGGACUUGUGCAGAGUCCAGCAACCUUCCCUGUUACAGUAACGGCUUCAUCCUCGGGGUGAAUACAUAA